GAGUUGUGUGGUUUUGUUUGCUCUUAAGUAUUUCCUCUUUCUCAAUUUCCUUUUUAGUUUUUUAUUGCUCAGUUUUUCACGUGUUUAUUCGUAAUCUCCAUUAAAAAUGUCCUGAUCUUAGACUGUUUAAAUUGUUUCAUUCAACUCAACACAACCGAUGAAGGUUUUCGGCCUAUUACCUGAUGUUUCCACAAAAUUGUAGCGAUUACAUAACCUGUUUCAAUCUUAUGGGAUUGUUGGCUCCAAUGGCCCAUCGCCCUGAUUCUAAUAUUUUUGGGUGAAGGUUAUGCUAUUCGUUUACUGAUGAAACACGUUGCCCUUAUAUUGGCUCGAUCUGGCAGCCAAUCAAUUCCAGAUAAAAAUAUUUUUCCUAUCAACGGAACGCCAUUAAUUGGUUACUGUUUAAAGGUAGUUGAUUCAUGCGAUUUUCUUGAUGAAAUUUGGGUUUCUACUAACGAUAAUCACAUUGCUAACAUAUCGCGUUCAUUCUCACCACGAGUUCAAAUCCAUUUCCGACCUGAAACAGAGUCUGGAAAUGAUUGCUCUUCCCUGAAAUCUGUGAAAAAUUUUCUGUCUACCCAUGAAGUGUCUGGUGCUAUAUAUUUGAUACAAUGUACAUCUCCAUGCUUAAACAAAAUUUAUCUGAAGCAAGCAUUUGAUUUGAUCUCAUGUGGAUCAUGGAAUUCAGUUUUUUCUGUUACAAAAUCUCACCAUCUCCGUUGGUCGCCAAAAAUAGACUGUGGAGUAAUGCCCGUUAACUUCGAUCCUGCAGCACGACCAAGAAGGCAAGAUUGGCCAGGAGAAUUGGUUGAGUCGGGACAUUUUUAUGUUACCAAGAACAGCGUGAUCUUCGAAAAGAAUUUACUUCAAUGUUCAGAAAAAUCAACAAUUGUUGAAAUCCCUAGCUGUAUGUCUCUUGAACUUGACGAACCUUGGCAAAUACCUUUCGUUGAACUCAUGGUAAAGCUUUAUUAUGAAAUUCCAAUCCAAACUUCUGGUCCAAAAGGCAGAGAAGAUGAACUGAUGGGUCAAGUCUGAUUUUCUGGUAACUCGUCGGUUUUCUCGUUUGGCUAUGGCUAUGGCUAAAUUUGCUUAGUAUGGCUAUUUUUGUGUGACUAAUAAAACUUAACUUAACUAAUUUAA